AUUUUUGUAAAUCGGACAUAAAGAUCAUGAUUUGGGUCCUCUCUUUUAGUAUAUGGAAAUUGUACACAUCGAUUUUCCUCAGUAAACAAAUUACAGGACACUUGCUUUACCGCUUUUGCUUCCCAUGUUAAAUAUCAAACUCUCUCUACUCCUCCUCUUCAUCAUCUUGAUCCAUAUAUAUACUACAGUUCCUAUGAAGAGCCUGAACUCAACCAGGCGUUAGCAUUCUGGAAGUGCUUUCCUAUAGCUUUUCAAAGCUAAUUAACAUUCAUUUUGGCUAUAUAUAUAUAUAUAUAUAUAUCUAUAUAUAAGUAUGGAAGUGAGCUCUUUUACUUCAAAAUGCUCGUUGCAGUCUCAGCUGGAGAACAUAGACGAAAACGGUCCAGUGAGUUGGUUAGCAGUCUCUUGUGCCCCACCUGAAACUCCAACCGAGUCCAUGGAGUUUCUGGGUAGAUCAUGGAGUGUUUCUGCCAUGGAGCUCUCCAAAGCUCUUUCCAACACUAGAUCAGUUCCUAUUUCUCACAAUCUUGACAACUCAACAGUCUCUUCCAUUGGCCCUGAUCCAAGUUCUUCUCCUACGGUUUUGAAUGAAUCUCUAGUUGAGCAGUUACCCAGUGAGGGUAGCCCUCCAAUUUCCCCAAGAAGCAGUGAUGAAGCGAAGGUUACACAGACCAUAAAAUCUGUGCAGGAGUUAUUUUUACUUCAACAAGCACUCAAUUCAGAGUUUCUUUCCAGCCAACAAUUGUUCCAAAAUGGGAUAUACAAGAGCAUAAUGAGAGGCAAAACAAUUGGUAGGUGGUUAAAAGAUCAAAAGGAGAGGAAGAAGCACGAAAUCAGAACCCAGAAUGCUCAGUUGCACGCAGCAGUAUCAGUUGCUGGGGUUGCUGCUGCUGUUGCAGCACUUGCAGCUUCCAAUGCAUUGCCUGAAACAUCAGCUGCCCAAAAGAAAUCACCUUCUAAAACUUCAGCUGCCUUAGCAUCUGCUGCAGCUCUGGUUGCAUCACACUGCAUUGAGAUUGCUGAGGAAAUGGGAGCUGAUCACAAUCAUAUCUUGACAGUAGUCGAUUCUGCAAUUAAUGCACGGACUAAUGGCGAUAUUUUGACUCUAACGGCUGGAGCAGCAACGGCCUUACGAGGAGCUGCCAUUCUACGGACAAGGCUGCAGAAGGGGUAUGGAACGACAGCCUUUACUCUGACCGACGAAAAGGGCGAAGGCAAAGAGUUGAAUGCCUUGACAGCAUUGAACUUUGUCUCAAGAGGAGGAGAGCUUCUCAAACGUACAAGGAAAGGAGCUCUCCACUGGAAGCAAGUUUCUUUCGACAUCAAUCCAAAUAUGCAGGUUGUAGCAAAAAUGAAAAGCAAGUGCAUGGCUGGGACAUUUACAAAAAAGAAGACAUGUAUAGUUUCCGGAGUCUAUUGCGACAUCCCAGCAUGGCCCAGACGGGUAGACAGUGGCAAUGAAUUAAAGGCAUACUUUGGGAUAAAAACAGCUGAGAGAAUUAUAGAAUUUGAAUGUAGAAAUAGUGAUGACAAACAAAUGUGGACCGAGGGAAUCCAGCACAUGUUGAAUUGUAAUACCAGUGUGACAUCAUUCUAGG